CAGUGUUGGCGAGGACUCGGACAUGGAGGGCAGCAGCGUCGGCAGCAAGUCUCGCCCGUGGUACAACCAGAAGGCCAGAGGCGACUCGGACGGUAUUUGGGAAGAAUGGGGUAUCAGAGAGGACAAGGACAGUUUCAAACAGGAGGAUCUGGACAAGCCCUCCUUGCUGGAGCUGGAGCUAAAUCGGGCCGGCUCCCUGGGAAGCCAUUUAGAGGACGGCGAUUCCAAGGAGUCCAAGACCGACACCGGUCAGUGUGGCCUCACAGGGCUGUGGGUAUCCACAGGGCAGGGGGCUGGGCAGGACCUCAAUAUCUGUUGCUGUGAAAUAGGGGGUGGAGAGGGAAGCUGUAGGAUCCUUUUCCAGGAUUCCCUUCCCGGGACCGGUGCCAGUGUUCGCCUUCUACGCUUUAAAUCAACCAGACAUUCUUGGAGCGCCCCCUACCGGACAGGCGUCGUACAGGGUCCUGUGGCCAUGGCACGCCAAGUCCGGGAGACACCUGCGGAAAUGCGCAAAGGCAGCGCGAAAUGUCUUCCUCAGAGUCAUCGCUCAAUAUCUCAAAGCACACACCUCAUCGAGCCUACUGGAUGGAGCAGCAGAACAGGCUGCCACUGCCUCUGAUGGAACUCAUGGAGAAUGAAGCUCUGGAAAUCCUCACCAAAGCGCUCAGGAGUGAGCUACUACCCCUGCCCCCCAGACCCUGGGGGAUUUUGUAGGGGUUGGGCCUCUGGGAGUGGGGAUUCAGGCCGUGUUUGCCUUGUCAGAUUCCCUUACCACCCACGAGUAUUCUAGGAGCCCUACCAAAAGUAAAAAAUUGGACUGGGCACAGGGACAUCCAGUGGGGAGAGCAUGAUGUGACGGUCAGGGGCCUGGGCUCCGGCCUUCAUGCAGCCUCUCUCUAGCUGAUGUGGCUUUUCUCCAUUCCCCAGUGGGGAUGACAGUUUUUGUGUGGCUUUGGUCCCCUCCCUUGGUGCUGUGAGGAACCUCUGGACAGUGGAUUAUUUGGGUCAAAAGUUCUCUCAUUUGCCCUGCUUAUAAGACAGGGAUGCUGGCUAAUGGGUCAGGAUGAGUGGUCCAACGGGUGUCCACGAAGCUGCUCUUUACCACUGUCCUGGUUCAGGCCUGCAGCACUCUCACCUUGCCCUCACCCAUGCUCCAUCUCAACACUCUCAGCUUCCUCCACAUCCCCCAUCUGGAGUACAAGUGUAUGACUUGACCUUUAAAAAACAAAACAAAAAAAAACUGUCAGUGCCCAGCACCUUGGAGAUCCAGUUUUCCAGACUAACACAGACCCGAGGGCCAAGCACU